GUGGACAGCAGCGCCGCCUCCUUGUUCUAAUGCGGAGAGGAAGGGAGGGGAAAGCCUUUUCAAAUACACAUACAUUUCAAAAUCGCAACAGAAUAUAGUAAAAUAUUUUUCUUCAAGCGAAUGGCUCGUGCAUUUAUGUCGUGGAUACUAAAUUUGUUUAUUCACCAGACGUAACGCUUUCUACGCCGCAGAACGAAAGGAAAACGGCAGGAUAAAUCCUAAAAGAAGAGAAGCGGCCUAUUUUUGUUCCUGACAUCCUGGAGGCGCAGCUCACACUGUCGGCCGGUGUACUUAACAUCAAACGGACGUCAAACUCGCGGCUUUUUCGUUACACGCGGCCCGCAAAAUAAUCCACAAGCACGCAUGGUGAAUUACCGGCGCACGAACUCCAACUGUUUGCGUGCAUUUGAAGGUUUGACACAGAAAAGCGGCCUGUUGUUCUUUUUGCGGCGGACAAUAACAGAGUGCUUGCGUUCAGAUCCACGCACGGUCGCCGCUGCGAUCUAACACAGAUCACAUAUAUGCACAGAGAUUAUAAGUAAACCUCAGGAAUAGCAUGGCAAACAAGGACUGCAUGCAUUCGGAAUGAGGCCGAGAGUGUAACGUUAAUCUGUGCUCUGUAUUUGAAUUUGGUGGUAAUCGGAGGCCCGGUGGGGUGAAGAGCGCCACCAGCGUGUUGUUGUUGAAUUUUAAACCGAAACUGUAUAACGGUUUUUAAUGGAGUAUCACUGAUCAGAUUUCGCAAAUGCGUCGUUGCGUUUGAUUCGGAUCGACGUGGACGAUCGUUUCUCCCCCAGCGAUGAUGAUGAUGAUUCGGCCGAAUUUCGUGCCGUGGAAGAGGAGCAAACGAUAAGAUGGAGUGGUUUUAACGAAUGCGAUGUGCAGAGACGAAUUGUGCGUGCUUGUGCGCCGAUAUCUGGUGAAUUCUCCUUUGCAUAAAGCAUUCCUUGCAUUGCAUUUCACAGUCGACGGAAUAUUGCAAGCCCGGGUUCGUCGGCAUUGAUGAUACGUGGGCUGCUGGCGGGACUGAAGCCUUUUCUUUUUUCCUCCCCGAACUGGAUCUGUCUAGCACGACGCUGCUGAGAUGAACCCGGUGAAUGCGACCACUCUCUACGUGUCAGCUUGUCGGUUGGUGCUGCAGUGCGAUCCCCGGGACCCCGAGGCUUUGACGGAAAUUUAUAAGCUCUUGCCUUUUUUUAGACAGUCUCUCGGCUGCCUUGUUUGUGGUAAUUUGCUCCAAGAUCCAAUAGCCCCAAACAACUCCUCGUGCCAGCACUACGUCUGUAAAUCAUGUAAAGGCAAAAAGAUGAUCAUGAAGCCGUCGUGCAGCUGGUGUAAAGACUACGAGCAGUUCGAAGAAAACAAGCAGCUAUGUAUCCUGGUGGACUGCUACAGAAAGCUCUGCAAGUACAUCGCACGCUCUCCUCUUGCCCAGCACAUUUCAGGCCCCGUGGGAGGGUCCUCAGACAUAGUGGCUCUGUUGAACGAGGGCCUCUCAUUGGACAACGGGGACGAGUCUCUCUCUCUGUUUUUACCAGACCAGUCCCCUACACCGUCGACAUCAGAAACGCUCCCCGAUGAGGGCCAGUCCCCUUCGACGGAGGAACAAGGCCUCAGUCCUCAAAGGAUCAACGGUCUUCAGGACUGUAACGGUUUGACCAAUGUAGAGGAGUUGACAGCAGGUUUACCUUCGCUAGGGACGAAUGAUCCAGACGUGGAGGACAGUCAGGUUGUGAAAGAGGAGAGUUUUACGAGCGAGAUCCCCGUGUGUGAGGCGGUGUCCGCCGAUGAGGAGCUUUGCACCAGCAGCAUGGACAUUUGCGAAUUUGGAGAGGAGGAUAUUAAGCAUGAUGGUGGAACUCUCCUCUUGAGCGUUGAGGAGGUACUCAGGACUCUGGAACCAGACAACGUAACCCAGGAUGAAUGUUCUGUUCUGUUACCGUCAACUCUCGAGCCUUCUGGAAACUCAAAUGGACCCUUCGCCUCCAUCGACAGCUCCACUCGGCAGCUUUCCUCGCUCCCGCGCGAUUCGCAAGAUAGUGUCGUGCCCCAGCACCCAACGUCUCAGCAUUUUGGAAUAUCCUGCUCUGCCGUGACGCCAAGAGGCCCACGGACCAACCGCAAGCGCUCGCGGUCGGAAAGCGAUAGCGAAAAGAUUCAACCCUUACCUAUUUCUACCUUCAUGCGGGGUCCCGAGCUGGGCGCCUCCGCCUCCGCCCCCGUCAAGUGUGAACCCAAAUCUCCCAUUCAAACUCUGCCUCACAUGGCGGCGGUGCCCAACGGUGGCAGCCUUCCCAAAGUGGCCAAGACGUUGCUGGUGCCCCCCAAACAUGUCAAAAAGACCCUCGACCAUCACGGGCCCAAAAAAUCAUGCACUAAGUCGAAACAGGGAGCUCCUAAAUCGAAGGAGAAGACGAAAGAGCGUAUCGUGAGUAACGCGCUCAUUCCCGGGAGCCCCACGAAAGUGGUUUAUAAGAAGGCGCAGGAGAAAAAGGGUUGCAAGUGUGGCAGGGCGACCCAAAACCCAAGUGUUCUUACAUGCCGCGGCCAACGGUGCCCCUGUUACUCCAACCGCAAAGCUUGUCUGGACUGCAUAUGCAGGGGCUGUCAAAACUCUUACAUGGCCAACGGUGAGAAGAAGCUGGAGGCCUUCGCGGUUCCAGAGAAAGCCCUCGAGCAGACGAGACUCACUCUGGGCAUCAACGUCACCAGCAUCGCUGUGCGGAACGCUACGGGCAGUGGGGCGGGCGGGAUGCUCAACGUCUCCGCGGCGGCCGGCUCACCCGUGGCCUCUUUUUUGGCUACAGGACCUCACGAAGACAAAGGAUUUGAUGAACCGUUGGACAUGAGAUAUGACUGAGCACCGGAAGUUAGUUUUUAACCAUAGCCCUGUGUUCCAAACCGAAGGGCUGGUGCCACCGGAGUUUGUGAUAAGGCAGCUAUUGUGAUUCUGUUUCAGUUCACAUUGUCAAUUAAACGAACUAUUGCUGAAGCUUGUGCCUCUAAAUCAUUUGUACUAGUUUUCGGUUCUUUUGCACACUGUUAGAAGAGGUGAAAGUGUUUGAUUUGGUAAAGUUGUUUUUACGGAGUAGUACAAGUGAUCUAUAUGGCACGAUCUUUGGCAAGAUAUUCCUGACCUCAUUGUUGCGGGUCACACUAUGUGCAUAUGUGGAAGAUUUUCAGAUUGGGGUUUGGGGACGAGACCUGGUGAAUUAAACGGUACCCUACAGCAUCAGUAGAGACUGGUUGUAUUUAUAAACGUUUUUUGUACACAGACUUCAAUUGAAAAGUACAUUUUAUGAUAUAUUUUGUAAGUUACAUUAACAACAUUUGCAGUAUUUAUUGGGUAUCACUUAACAUAGAUUAUGGUCCUCCCAGGGCAUCGGCUGUAUACAAUUUCUACAGAUGCAAGUCACACAAAUGCAGUAUGUACGGUUUCUGUCUAAGUUAUGUUGUCGUCCUGAUCGUGCUAGUUUUUGCUGUCUCGAAUUUUUUUUUUUCCUUGGGGCAUUUAAAAACAUGUAAUAAAAAUGUAACAUAUUUCCACAAAAAAAGAAAAAUCCUAACAUGACUCGUGUCUCUCAUUUCACAAAUGACUUGGGUAUAAAUGACCUGUUUGCAAGUGACAUCUGGUUGAGAUUCGGUAGGUCAUGUGACUGUAUAUCGAAACCUGAAUGCACAAAAACAGGAUCGCAAAAAAUCGAACAGUUGCUCC